AUGGUCAAAACGUGUUCUGUACCUUUAUGUGAAGGUGUAGCAUCAAAACAAUGUAACAUCAAACUAUUCAAGUAAUUUAUUAUAUUAAUGUAUAAUUUGGCCACCAAUUCAAUUUAAUAGUGCAUUUAUUCUCUAUCCAAUACACAUGCGUUUACUGCGCAUGCGAUACGAUUCUUAUUAAUAUUAUUUAUAACAACCAGGCACAUGUUUGAAAUUGUCUCAUUAUUUAUGUUAUUGGUGUUUUAUAAUAGGUUUCCAACAUCUAUAAAAUUGCAAAAAAAAUGGUUAAAAUCUAUAACGCUACAUUAUCCUAAUUUUAAAUUGGGUGAUAGUAGUUUUAUGUGUAGUAAACACUUUGUGAAAAUGGAUUUUAUUAAAUCCACUCGAGCUAAAACAUUUUUCCUUCGUGCCAAUGCAGUGCCAUCUAUGUUUAAUAUCGAAAAACGUGUUAAUAUUUUCAAUGAUUGUAAGUUUCAAGUGUUAUUACAUACCUAUGUCUAAUGACAUUAUAUUUGAUUAUGAAAUAAAUAUAUAAUUUAUAUACCUAAUACCUAUAUUAUAUUAGGUGAAGAACAUGAUACUUCUGACACUCGCAUUGGAUUUCCAAUUAAAGUUGAGGAAAUUACACUAACAAAGAUGAGUGGUAGUUUGGAUGUUCCUGGACCAUCUCAUAUUGUAGUAGAUCAAGUUUCAUCGACAAAUUUGAGUUUAGAUAUUUCUGAACUAUCUCGCAUUGGAAAUGUUCCUAAUAUGACUGCCAGUAAUCAAACUAAGUAUAUAAUUAAUUAAAAUUUUUCAAUUUUGUAUGGUGUACUUUUAUGUAUUUGUUUUGUAGGAGAACAAAAUGCUUAUUUGGUGAUUUCAAAUUUGAUGAUUUGAAUAAUCCAAGGAAGCGCAAACAAUUUUGGAAUGUAUCUCAAAAGACGAUAAACAACUUCAGGCAAAAGACAAAAUCAUUACAUGAUCAAAAUGUAUUGUUAAAAAAGAGAGUAACCGAUUUAACUCUAAUUAUUAACCAUCUUAAGGAUGAAUCAAAUACGUAUGAUGCGUAUAUAUCUAUCCUUAAGGUAAACAUUACAAAUUAAUAUUUAUAGUGUUUUAGUUUUUUAUUUUCACUAAAUAGUUAAAAAAACUUAAAUAAUAUUAUGUGACAUAAUUUUAUAUCGUAGAUUUAUGAUUUUGUAUUAUUACAUCCAUUUUAUGAAGUUAUUGUUGAUUGUAAAGAAAUUAAUAUUGGUGACAAUUUGUUGUGUUUUGUGUUAUUAAAUUAGCAACAGGUGAUCCACCAAACACAGGACCAUUCUAUGGACUACACAAAUCAAGAAGAUUAGACCAUUCAAGUUCAAUAGAAAUAGUGUUAGAAGUCAAGUAGCAAGUAGCUCAGUGAUACAGCAAUCCUGGCAAGAGACUCGGGUUUGUUUUCCUGGUAGCUACUUAAUUUUAGCAUCAUUUUCUGGAUUAGAACAAUCUCGGAUAUAAAGUGAUUUGAGCAUCAGCAAGUCCACAUUUUCAUACAAUAUUUUUUGUUCUAAAGAAGAAAAAAAAAUGAACACGUUAUCAUAAGGGAAUUGGAUUUUACUGCUUUAAAAUUUUUAGUUAUGGUAUGAAUUAUUUUUAUUGGCUUUAUUUUAAUUUUUAUCUAAAGAUAUUACCAAAUUUUAAUCUUCUACAUUUACAUGACAUACAAGAUAUAUAGAGUGUUCCGCGAUGAUCUGCCAUUUGAAAUUACUUUUGUCGAUAUAAUACUUUUGAUAUAUAUUGUUUUUAAAUAAUUAGUAUGCCUCUGCGUUACAGUUAAUAUAUGAACAUUUUUUUUCAGGGAGAGGGAAUUUAAAAUCUUAUUGUUUUUUUUCUUUUAAAUUAAAAAUAGCCAUUUUGUAAAAUAGAUUUUUAGAAAGUUUUUGGGGGUUGAAAAUUUUGUUAUAGUAUGGUCUUAUUUUCUAUAAUCUUUUGAAGUUUUUGCAAAUGGGAAUAUUAUCUAUUGUGGUUAUUCUAUUACAAUAAUUAAUCAGUUAUUAAUCAGGGUGUAUUAUAUUAUAGUUAAUAGUAUAAAUUAAUUAAUAAUUUCAUUUUUGUUGAUAAAUAAUAUUGUUGAUUGAAAAGAAAAUUAAAAUUUUUCAAAAAAUCGUAGAAAAUAAAAUAUCAUACUUUGACAUGUUUUAACCACCAACAUUUUUCUAAAAAUCUAUUUUACAAAACGGCUAUUUUAAAUGUUUUUAUAGACUGUAAAAUUUAAAUAUUUUUUAUUUUAAGUCCCUCUCUCCCCCACCCACUCCCAAAAAAAUGUUCAUAUAUAUAUAUAUAGACUAGCACAGAGGUAUACUAAUUAUUUAAAAAGAAAAUAUAUCAAAAAUAUUAAAUAGAACAAAAAUUAUUUCAAGUGGCAGAUCAUCGUGGGACAACACCUUGUAUAUGCUGUGACAUUUUAACCUGCCAUCGGCUGCUUCAUGGUUUAAUCGACCAUGUUUUUCUUAUUUUUCAAAAUACUCAUUGUUAGUAAUUUAAAUUAUUUUGUGUACUUGUAUACCUUCAAUUUAUAUGUAUGUUAACCUAAUCUAAACUAACCUAUAUGUAUAGCUAUUAUUUAAACAUUCUUAACACUUAACUAUUGUUUGUUGAAUUUUUAUAAUCAGUGGUUACUGACCUAACCUGUCAAAAAGACUAUGUGUGCCUAAAGUCUUAAUGAUUUUUAUUGGGUAUUAUUUUCAUACAUUUUAUACGGGAAAACAAUAAAACUGAUAAUUUGUUUUCCUUAUUUUCCCCCAUUGGUCAUUGUAUCUAUCAGAUUCUAUACAUUUAAAUCGAAAAUAACUAUUCAUAAUUUUAGUUACUACGUGACCGGCUUACGAGUAGGUACAUAUUAUAUUUUACGGUUAUCAUAAUAAUUUGUAUUAUAACUUUAUUAUGAUAAUAAUAUUGUUAACUUUUAUUAAAAUUCUAUAAAUAAACACAUUUUAAUACUUGUACAUCAGUUAUAAAUAUUUCUUGAAGGCCAAAUAGCUUGUGUGCAAACACGUGUUACAUGAUAUAUGGGCUUUUAAUUCAACUACAUCCAAUAAACUAUUUGGAUGUCUUAGCAUUGGCAGAUUUAUACAGUUGGAAUGAGUUGUCAAAAAAAAAUAAAAACCAUUUUUAUUAAUUAUACAAACUAAUUGUAAUAAAUAUGGUAAGUUCAGAAAUAAAAUUAAUUUUUUAUCCUGGCUAUUUAAUAUUUUACAAAUUGUAUUUAAAAAUUAAUAAAUUGAAAAAUAUUCAAAAUUAAUUCAAAUCAGUUUGGCAGGAACCAAAUAUGUCUUAUUGGUUAGGUUAGCUAUAAUCCUGUGUUUCCCAAACUUUUUUUACUCGACGCCCUUUUUAGAUUUUCAAAAAUUCACACUGCCUUCUCUCAAUAAAUUUAAAAAAUUACAGUUUAGUUUUUAUAAUAAGCCAUUUAAUUAAAGUGAAAAAUAAAUAUUUUCUUCACAUUUUAUGCUCAGGCAUUUUAUUAUAAUUAAUUAUAAUUAUUAUACAGUGUACACGCACGCUAAAUUAUAACUUCAUGUGAUAUGUGCAAGUAUACAAUUGUCGGAAGUAUUCAUAUAAAAAUGGAACCAAAUGAAGCUCAAUGGCAUUGAUGCAAUAAGAUAAAAGCUUGUUUAUUACCAUUUUGCUGUUUUUAUAGUAUAUAUAAAAUAUCAAAUUAUUUAAUUAUUUUAUAUUGUACGUAGCCAUAUAUUUCAUUGCAAUAAGUUAAUGAUUUGUUAAUAUUGUUUUAAUAAUAAUAUAAUUGUUUUUAAUGACAUAAAAUUAUUUUUAAUAAUAAAAGUCACAGUACAAUCGUCCCUCUUAGCGUCCCCUUUGGUAAAAAUCCCCUUUCAAAAUUAAAAAGCCUGCAAAGGGAGGGUACUGCUCACAUUGGGAAUCACUACUCUAACUUUACCUAACCUAACCUAAUUUAAUCUAAUGAGUUCCUGAUUUAGUGGGUUACCACAGUGACUGGGAUCAUAGUUUAUCACUACGGAUCUUAGAUUGGUGACUUUAUUAAUAACAAUAGAGUAAUCACAAUACUGUGGUAUUAUGAUUAUAUCACAAUAUCAGUAUGAUAACCUUAUUAUAUUUGGUGUUUGGUCAAACACAUUUUAAUUUACUCAAAAACCUAUCUUUUGAACUAGUUAGGUUUAAAAAAAAAAUAAUUAUAAACUUCGUCUUAAAAAAUGGACAAAAAAAGGUAUUUUUUCACUCAGGUGAACCUAUCUAAUAUAAUUAGGAAAAAUGUUACUAACCUUUUGUUGUCAAGUUAGGAAUCAGAUAUCAAGCAACAUUUUUCUUAUAAUGUUUAAUUGUUAUGAUUUAUUCGGGGAAUUUUUUUUACAGAGGUGAGUAAAGGUGAUGGGUCCUAUCUUAUCGUUUGAACAAGUGCUGGUUUAUCUCCAGCAAUGAACUUAAUGUUCCAUCUGAUGCAAAAGUAAAGUAAACAAAUGUAUAAAUUAUUGUAUUUGCAUAUAUUAUCAAACUUAAUGGAUUUUAUUGUAACUAUUUUAAUACUAAUUUGUGUUAAAUCCUUUUUCUAAGGUCAGUGGAUUUGGUGGUAAAAAUCAUUUGAACAAUGCUCGAGUUUUUGACUGCAGUGCCCAAGAAUGGAGAAUGAACACAAGUAUGUCUAUUGGGAAAAGUAAUUUUGGUGUUGGAGUACUUGAUAAUCUGAUAUAA